AGGCAGACCGCCCACUGCACGGCGGCCCAGUGCCUGGCCAGUGUAGGCCAUGGUCGUGCUGGAGUGCGGCACAGUUGGCUCUCAGGAGGGUGUUGGCAGGGUCCCGGACUACCUCUUCCGCUGCAGCUACUGCAUCAAGCUGAUCGCGGAAGACUGCGCGGUUUACAUGCGGCACGACCAGUGUUACUGCAGUCCGAUGUGCCGGGACAAGGGCAUGUCCAGGUUGUACACGAGCCUCAAGGAGUCGCAGUUGUCGGAAGCUCGGCGGAUGUCGUCAGGCUCGCUGGCCGCCCACAGCCGGGUGAAGUCGGACACCUCGCUCAGCGCCUCGCUCGCGUCGCGGACGGACACCCUCAAGACGCACGACACGGAGCACAUCAGAGGAGGCGUCGUGCGCGGCCUGCUGUCGUGGCUGGGGCAGAAAUUCGUGGACGCGAUGCUCCAGCGGGUGGCCUCCCGUGCCUGGGGCACGCAGGCCCUCAGGACCUACUCCUCGGGGAUGCUCUGGGGGCGCGAGUUUACAAAGCACCACUCGUCAGCGCAGCUGCUCUUCAAUUAUCUGCCCGAGGUAGACCACCUCAUCAAGAAGAGCGACUCCUGCUUCUCGGAGAGGUCCGACCUGUCGCCGAUAUCCGUAGAGGUGCAAUGAGGGCGCCGCCGCCCGCUAGAUUGUUCCUACCCUCCGCUCGGUGUCCUGCUCGACGGGCUGGUGAUUCAGCGACGGGCAGCUAACACUGACCCAAUCUUGGCCGCCCUGGCUGCCGCCGUUGCGCGGCGUAGCAGGCGCCUCGCCGUUGUCCCGGUGGGCUCGUUCAAAGGCGGGCCGCUCGCCGGGACGGUGGUCUCUGUGUGCGCGGCUGCUCCAGCGAGUCUGCAGGCUCAUGGCAUAACGCUUCUGCUUUAGUUCAUCGGCGCAAGUUGCAGCUCUAGCUGGCAUGUGCAGUUUUCACUCGACGUGACGCUGAACGGCCGCCCCCUCCUCUGCUCCUGCUCCUUCCCUCGCUGCUGUUGCUCCUUGUUCGUCUUGGUGGUUUCCCUUUUCGCUCCCUGCCCCUCGCUCCUCUCAUGCGCAGUGGUUGAUCGAUUAGUCACGGUGAAGGCCAGGCUUGUCCUCUGUUUGAAUCGCUUUCAACUUUAAGUCCAUGCAACAGGGCCUUGCGCAGUUUCAGCGCACAGGCUUGCUGACCAGGGCUGCCUCUGUGCUUGUCAACUGUCAACGGCCGUCCUAGCAUGGGCAAGGGU